CAUCGGAUGGUGUGGAGGUUGCAGCGUCGUAGUCCCCUGAACACUUCACCGGAUUGUUGUUCAUCUUUAGUGAAUGAACAGGAAUGGUUUACUUUAAACAAUUUAGCAAUACAGUAAAAGACUUGGUAGUCAUCAAAGCAUUAAGGAAAAUUGAAGAAAAGACAAAGGGCGCAAAUGGAACUGGAGCAACCACGGAUAUAUCAGCUUAGCUCGUUAGCAAGCCAACUAGCCCGCUGCUAACUUGAUACAUUGGAACACAAGUAACAAUCAACUGGCUAUGACUGAUAACGAGGAAAGGACAGUCAAAUUGUAAUCCAGAAUGAAUUUUUGAGAAUCAAAUCAAAUGUUUUAGCUACGCAUUUAUUCUUACGAAAGUAUUUGAAUGGAUUGGAUACUUUAGAAUGGAUUGGAUGCUUUAGAAUUGCUCAACAACAAUAGUUAGCCGGCUAGCUAGCUAAGGUUACUUGCAUGUUGAGUUGGGAAGCUAUCCCGUAAGCCAAAUAACGUUACGUCAUCUGUACAGUAGUUAAUAACUAGACGGGCAGGCAACUACAAGGUGGGUGGACUGUCAUCUGCGUGGGUGUGUUCGUGAAGUUAACGUUAGUUGACUGGGCAGCCCAUUAUUCCUCCUUCGGUUUUUUUCGACACAGUUUAGUAUUACACAUGACAGAAGUGAACAUGGGAGUGUUAUAGGACAAUGGAUAUAGUUAACUGCCCGUUUGUUAAUACCGUAGGGAAGAAGUGACAACCGAUAUCUCAGGUACAGUUUAACGGUGGACCACAAUGCAUUAGGUCUGACGUUCUGCUUUCGGACAUAGGACUCUCUCUGGUUUUGCUGGACCGCUUGCUAACAAGAACUUUAUGACGCCGGCUCAGUCCAUUAUUUCAUUUUUGACUGACCACACAGGUCUCCGUUAACCGAAAGCGUCCACAGCCCUCAUACCAUGGCAGCGGUUGUCAACUACUCACCGCCGUGGUGGGUCAACCUGCUACACCGACUCCCUCAUUUCAACCUUCAAUUCGAACAAACAAGCAGCGAUUUUCGCCCGGGGGACUCGUCCUAUCAACAGUCCAUCCUGCUGCUGGGAGGCGUGGCUCUAGCCUGCCUGGCCCUGGACCUCCUCUUCCUGCUCUUCUACUCCUUCUGGCUGUGCUGCCGGCGGAAGAAGAGUGAGGAGCCGCCCAACGCCGACUGCUGCUGCACCGCCUGGUGUGUCAUCAUCGCCACGCUUGUCUGCAGCGCCGGCAUUGCUGUUGGUUUCUAUGGGAACGGCGAGACCUGUGACGGAGUGAACAGGCUGACGUACUCCCUGCGCCACGCCAACCGCACGGUGGCAGGAGUGCAGAAACUGGUAUCAGAUGGCACGGGCUCCCUGAAGCAGACGGUGGAUGGCAGUCUGGGGCAGCUGGAGGGCCAGUACGCCAAGCACACAGACUAUCUGUCUAUCAUCCAGAAGUUGCAGGGCCAGCUGGACGAGCUGGUGAGGCAGAUGGUGGAGAUCCCCUUCUGGGGCAACAGAGACAUCUCCCUGGAGGAGCUGGCCGUCAACAUCGAGCUCUACGACUGGUACAGGUGGCUGGGCUACUUAGGCCUGCUGCUUUUCAACAUCCUCAUCUGCCUGCUGGUGCUGUUUGGCCUCAUUCGCAACUCCAAGGGAACACUUAUUGGAGUGUGUCUUCUGGGCAUCCUGGCUCUGGUUAUCAGCUGGGUCUCCCUGGGUCUGGAGUUGGCUGUGUCUGCCACCUCCAGUGACUUCUGCGUUGCUCCUGACAUGUUCGUCACCCAAAUGACCGAACACUCUAGAGUACUUAAUAAAGACAUUUUGCAGUACUACAUGACAUGCAGUGUGGGCCAAACCAACCCAUUCCAACAGAAGUUGUCCGGGAGCCACAAAGCCUUAGUGGAGAUGCAAGACGACGUGUCUGAGCUGCUCCGCUCGGCCACCAGAGAGUACCCCCAAACUAAGGGGAAUCUAGAACAGAUCCAGGGGGUGCUGAACACCACAGAGAUCGGCCUGCAUCAGCUCACUGCCCUGGUGGACUGCCGAAGCCUGCACAUGGACUAUGUCCAGGCUAUAACAGGCUUGUGUUAUGAUGGACUGGAGGGCCUGAUCUACCUGGUGCUCUUCUCCUUCGUCACGGCUCUCAUGUUCAGCUCCAUCGUCUGCAGCCUACCUCACACCUGGAACAACAAGAGGAACGAGGCGGACAGCGAGGACGAGUCCGUGUCCCACGGAGGCAGACUGCAGAACCACGACAACCUGUACCGCGUCCACAUGCCCAGCCUGUACAGCUGUGGCAGCAGCUACGGCAGCGAGACCAGCAUCCCUGCUGCAGCACACACCGUCAGCAACGCCCCCGUCACAGAGUACAUGACCCAGAAUGCCAAUGCCUUCCAGAACCCGCGGUGUGAGAACACCCCACUGAUAGAGAGAGAGUCCCCUCCUCCCUCGUACACCUCCAGCAUGAGGGCCAAGUACCUGGCCAACAGCGGACCGGGUCCCAGUACCUCCACCCCCGUACCUCCACAGCACCAAGAACACGAAUCGGCACACCACUCACGACAGCACACUCCACACCGCCCACCACAUCACCCAGCGGCGCAGCUCUAGACAACACCUGGGGCGUGACCCACCAACAGACACGCCAGUGUGGAACCACCUCGCCUCUGGAAACUCUUCUCUAAUGCCCCUCAACAUCUCUGUGACGUCAUCGCCAUCCUCAUCCAGGCUCCAGUCCCCAUCUCCUUUCCUCAUCGCUCUUACUAGCCCUCUCCCCCAGCAACAACUUCAAACAUCUGAGCCAAAUAUGUCAUUUGAAGUGUGCUUGAUGGCAGAACAGAGAAAGGAACGCGCAAGGCAGACGCAUCGUGUAAAUAGUUCUGUCGUCAUUACAAUGUUUUCCAGACAAUACAGACUGAGGCAACUGGCUUCGUGAACGAUCUCUGCUCCUUUUCUCUGCUCCUUUUCCACUCCUCUGUCUGCUCAGUCCACCAAAUAUCAUCUUGAACGGAGUGAUAUUGUCUUAUGUGAGGAUAUGUUGCUCAAACAACAUCUUUUGGUUUUAUUUGUCUGCCACUUGUGGGGUCUUCCUGUAUUUGAUAUUGUAUGAAAGAGACAUCCACCAUCAAAUGGUCUCCAUGUUAACCACUGCAAAAACCACUGGUUAUGGUGCUGUGAAGGAGAGAACACCUGACGAGAUAAUGAACCUAAACUGCCAUUACUUUGGUGAGGACUGAGACAGUUAUGGGAAUAUCUAGCACUGAUUACUAUUGAUAGUGAUUUUGUUCAAUAUGUUGCUACGUACUGUUCUCUCUCUCUCUCUCGCUCUCUCUCGCUCUCUCAUUGCUGUAGGAGAUGUUAAGCAAUGCCUUACACAGAGAGCUGUGGAAAGGCCUAGAAACUACUGUUCUCUCACACCCUUUUACAGAACUAGGCCUCUGUCUGGAUCCAGGCACGGUUCCUCAACGGCCGGAUGUACCUCAACAAUACUAUGGCAAUGAUCUGUCUGAAAGGCAAAGACCAGUGUUUCUCAAGCAUUCCGUGUGAGUGUUCUUCAUAACAGUGAAACAUCUCAGUUCCUCAUGUAAUCCUGUGAUCUGGAGGACUUGCAACACGACCAGUAGAACGCCGGAUCGAGGAAGGGGCAUUAACAUCAGUGGUAUUAUCCAUUCUCUCAAUCCAUGUGUCUGACAAGAUCACACUGGUAUAUCAUUACUACUGUCUAACCAGCUGAGACUGCUGAUUUCUUAUCCACGUAGACAUCAGCUUGUUAUUGCAUUUGUCUCAGACUGUGAGUGGGACCAGUUAUCUCAUUUCAUAAUGUCUUGUAGUAGUAGGUCUAUGACUGGAAAAGACUGGGACCUCUUAACUCUUACAUUAGUCCCGACCUGCAUGUUUGUGGCUGUUGUCCCCCCCCUCCCCCAGGGGGAGUAAUACAGUAUGCCACUAUUCCUGUUGUCCCCCCCUCCCCCAGGGGGAGUGAUACAGUAUGCCACUAUUCCUGUAAAAUGACUGAAGCUACAUGUAUUUUGAACUGGAGAGUUUUGCUGUGGAAAAGGAGUUUAUUUUCCAUUCCAGCGUCUGCUCUUGGAUGGUGUGAACUGAGAAGACGUAUGACGCUGCUAACUGAAGAAGAAGAGCUGUGAACGGUGGGACCCGCUGUCCUCUCAUCAAUACCACAGACCGCUGUUAUCAGAACUCUAAUUCUCAUUACAUCCAAGAGUUUGGUCAAUUGAGGAUAUGCUUAAUAAAAGGUUCACACUUCUAUGGUAAGGUUUUGUUCCCAAACCGGGAGACUUCAGACGAGGAAAGGAAACAUUUUGAAACUAACAGAAGCACAAGCUUUUUUUUUUGUUCAACACACAGAUAUGAGGACUGGUUCCAGGUUGCUGAGAGACCAAACAAAAUAGGAGUUUUCCUCCACCAUUAUAAGACUCAUUUAAAAGAUAAUUUGCAGUGCUCUUCUGUUAGCCAGGUAUCUUGUGCUGGUGUUGGUGUUCGUCUGCGUACAGUGGUCGGUGUGUUUGCUUGCCAGUCUCCUGUCCUCCCAACAGAUCUCUGACCGCCUCGCAACGUUCUCCUCUGCUGAACCCUAUGGAUAUAGUCACAGACUGUAACAUCACGUUACAUCCAAUGUCUGGAGACUGUGUAAAUGUAUUAGUAUGUAUUUCUUCUAAAGAGGUGUAGAAUUCUUGUAUUCUAGUAUACGGUUAUGCAUGUUACAACAGCCAAGACAACUGCAAGAUGGACGUCCUAAUGCACCAGCAUGGUCACAAAGAUGUGUUUUAGCAUAAAGAAUGAUUUUGGAGAGAGAGAAAAAAUACAACUGCGGGAGUUGUUUCACAAUGGGUGAAUUUGACCUUUUCAGCAAGAACAUCCUACUUUCCUGUGGACUCUUAAAGCAUGGUGCCCCUUCAAACGUAGAGUGAAAUAUUGUUGUACGCUUUUGCUACCGACGCUUCUCUUGGCGCCCCUUCGUUCUGCGUUGUAAUCAAUAUGAGAGGUGUGGUCCUUUCGUCAGACUGUGCCAAUAACCAAACACAACACCUUACCUUUACUAGGAUCUUUUUAAAUGUCUCACGUCGGCCUGUUUGUACAGUUCACAGCACUGCGGUUGCCUGAGCAACCAGACGAAGAGAAUGAGCCCUACAUUUUGAACUGAAAAUGAAUUGUUCUUUUAUUCUCUGUGUGAAAGAGCAUUUAUUAUAGUAACGAUGCAUUUUUACUGUUUUUAGAGUAGUCAUAUUCUCUUUGUUAAUAUUGUAAUGCUAGACAGCCUUUAAAGGGAUACUUCGGGAUUUUGGCUAUUAAGCCCUUUAUCUACUUCCCCAGAGUCAGAUGAACUAAUAGACCACCGUCUCUGCAUCCAGUAUGAGUUAGGGGUAGAUCUGCGAGCCAAUGCUAACUAGCGAUAGCUGAAUGAGUGGAAGUGUAUGGUAUCUACUAGCAAAUGCACUAACGCUAGUUAGAAACUUCCUUCAAACUGCACGCAGAGACAAAAAUAAUUGAAUAUACCAGUGCAUCGGACUAUGGGGCAGUAGAUAAAGGGAUUGAUUGCAAAAAUGCUGUGGUAUCCCUUUAAAACAUGUUUGCAAAAUGAGCUGGUGAAGUUGACAUUUCCUUUGUCAUUGUGAUGAAACCUUUUUUGCUUCAUUAAAAAAAAAAGUAAUUUACCAUUGGUCAUUUUUAGUGUUCAUUGCAUAUAUUACGAUGUGUAGUAAGCAGAACAUUUUUGUUGCUUUUAUGGGAAUACGAUAUAGUUUUUGUCUUUCAUUGCUUUGUUUUGAUAACAUAACUGUUGAUUUACUCAUUUGUUUUCAUAUUAUUUUAAAGCAAUUACUAAAAUAUUGUACAUGUUAAACCUGUGGUUUUAUUGAGCUUGAACUCAGUGUUUUGAAAUUAAACCAACCUUAACUGUUGAA